AUGGGAGAAGGAGAAAGUUCAAGUGAAAAGAGAGCCAUUUACAAUGAACAUGGCUUCAUGGAUUUCAUUUUUUCUUGGUCUAUUCAAGAUAUUUUAGAUGAAGAAUUCUACAAGAACAAGGUUGAGAAGAUUGGACUAUCAUUUCAGUCCAUUGAUCAUUAUCUUGAAUCAUACAAAUACCUUGUGUUAGAAGAAACUCGAGCGACGCUGUGCUCAAGUAUGGAACUCAUUUACCAAGCACCUUAUGGAAGAGUAGUUGGACUUAAAUUGCUCAAAUCAUUUAACAAGAAAAAUGAUAAUGAAAUGGAAAAACCAUUAAAAAACAAACUGUAUAAUUUGAAAAUCGACCGUUGGAAAAACAGGUUUAUUCAUCGCGGAGAGCCAUACAAAACAUUACCUGGAGAUGUUUUGGUUUUGGCUGAUUGUAAACCAGAAUCAGCAAAUGAUUUGCAAAGAUUCGGAAGAAUGUGGUGUUUUUUGAAAAUUGUGAUGACAGAAGAUGAGAAUGAUGGCGAGAAUAUGGAUUCUGUUUGUUUUAAAGUGACUGCAUCGAAAGAUCUUGACAUUGAUGAGUUAAGAAACAAAUCUCUACAUAUUGUUUUCUUGACAAAUGUUGGUGCUAAUCGAAAAAUCUGGAGUGGUCUCCACAUGACUGGUGGUAAUUUGAAGCUAUUCAAACAAAUCUUAUGCACCGAUGAGGAUGAUGAUGUCAAGGGAAUUUGUGGCUGUACCUCACUUUCUAAUGCUUUAAGGAAUGAUUGUUCAUAUAGAAGAUUAUCAUCAGGGUUGAAUGAAUCACAAAACAAUGCGGUUCGUGAUUGUCUUUCUGACAUUCAUUGCAAUCACAAUUCUACUGUAAAACUUAUUUGGGGUCCUCCUGGGACUGGAAAGACGAAGACUUUAGGAACAUUGCUUUAUGUUCUAAUGAAAAUGAAAUAUAGAAUCCUUGUUUGUGCACCAACAAAUGUUGCGAUCAAGGAAGUUGCUUCGCGUGUGUUGAACAUUGUUAGAGAGUCACUUUGUAGAAAUGGUGAUCUAUCCUGUUCUCCAGGUAACAUGCUGUUGUUGGGAAAUACCGAAAGGCUUGAUAUCGUUGGAGAAGAUAUCGAAGAUAUAUUUUUGGAUAGCCGUGUGCGACAACUCAGGAAAUGUUUAUCGCCUUAUACUGGAUGGAGACAUUGUUUUGAAUCAAUGAUUAAUCUUCUUAAAUAUUGUGUUUAUGAUUAUCACAUCUUUGUGAAUGACAUAAUAAGGUUGAAGAAGCCGAAAUCAUUUCUGGAGUUUCUGAGAGAUAAGUUUUGUUCUAGAGCAAAUCAACUGAAAGAUUGUAUUUCAAUGUUAUACACUCAUUUACCAAUGUGUCUUAUUUUAGAACAUAACUAUAGGAACUUGGUGUGUUUAAUUGACACACUUGAAUGGUUUCGAGAAAUGUUGUGUCAAGAUAAUUUGUCUUCUGAAGAACUGAUGACACUUUUCUCUAAUCUCAAAAUGCCGGCGGAUUCUUCAUGGUAUUCUCAAAAAAUAUUCAAGAAGAGAAUUCAAUGUUUAACUGCUUUAGAAACUGCAAAAUAUUCACUCGACAGACUCAAGUUGAAAAGAUUUGCUGAUUACAAGUCAGUUAAAGAAUUUUGUUAUGAAAAUGCAUCGAUAAUAUUUUGCACAACUUCUACUUCCUUUAAGCUACACAAAGUUUCUAUGAAACCGGUGAACAUUUUGGUGAUCGAUGAAGCUGCUCAACUUAAAGAGUGUGAAUCGAUAAUACCUUUACAACUUCCGGGAAUCAGACACGCCAUUCUUGUUGGUGAUGAGUGUCAACUGCCAGCUAUGGUCAGAAGUAAUAUUUGUACUGAAGCUGGUUUUGGCCGAAGCCUAUUUGAGAGGUUGAGUUUAUUCGGCAGCCAAAAAAACCUUCUCAACAUGCAGCAUAGGAUGCAUCCGGAAAUAAGUUCAUUUCCAAAUUCAUAUUUCUAUAGUAACAAAAUUCUUGAUGCUCCAAAUGUUGAAAGAAAUUACGGCAAACAAUAUCUUCCCGGGCCAAUGUUUGGUCCCUAUUGUUUUAUAAAUGUAGCCGGGGGACGAGAGGAAUAUGAUGAUGAUGGAAGAAGUUACAUGAAUAUGGCAGAAGUUGCUGUCGUCGUGACAAUACUGAAGAAUUUACAUAAAGCAUGGCUAGCUACAAAGGAGAAACUUUCCAUUGGCAUAGUUUCUCCAUAUGCUGGACAAGUUCUCAAAAUUCAAGAGAAACUAGAAAGGAUGAAUGAUAUUGUCGAUGACGGAUUUAAUGUGAAUGUGAAAUCAAUUGAUGGUUUCCAAGGUGGUGAGCAAGACAUUAUUAUAUUAUCAACUGUUAGAACCAAUUACAGGACUUCGCUUUGGUUUGUUUCGUCUCCUCAAAGGACUAAUGUAGCUCUUACAAGGGCUAGGUAUUGUUUAUGGAUUUUGGGAAAUGAAAGGGCUUUGGCAAGCAAUGAAAAUGUUUGGAAGAGUUUGGUGCUUGAUUCCAAGAAUCGUGGACUUUUCUUUCAUGCGGAUCGAGACACUGAAAUGGCUAAGGCUAUCCUUGAUUCUAUAAAAGAGUUGGAUCGAUUCGUUGAUUUGCUUGAUACAGACAGUAUCAUUUUCAGAAAUACUAUGUGGAAGGUGCACUUCAGCGAUAAAUUCCGUAGAUCAUUCAAAAGGGUGCGUACUCAACAGAGCAAGAACUCGGUGAUAAAUGUUUUAGAAAGACUUGCUAAUGGAUGGAGGCCAAGAGGGCAUAGUAUAGAAAUUGUUUGUGAAAAUUCAUCGAAGAUUCUUAACCAAUUUAAGGUUGAAAGUCGCUACAUUAUUUGUUCGAUAGAGAUUGUGAAGGAUUUGAGGGGCCACAUUCAGGUUCUCAAAAUGUGGGACUUAGUGCCAGUAGAAGAUAUUCCACAAUUGGCUAAGCGCCUCGAUUGUGAAUUCAGAAGAUACACUGAUGAAUAUUUUGUGUGCUGCAAAGAGAAAGGUUUUGACGGGAAAAUAGAGUUUCCUUUGAGCUGGCCAAGAAGUGCAAAUAUCCAAAAAUUUAAGAGUGUCGGUACUAUUAACACAAAGGAGUGUGAUUUAGUUCCUUCUGAAAAUAAAAAUGAUGCUGCUCAAAACUCAAUGAUUGAAGAGAGUUCUUUGUUGAUGAAGUUCUGCAGCAUUACACCAGAUUACACGCUUACCAACUGUGAUUCUAUUGAAGUGGAUCUUCCGUUUGAGUUAACUGAAGAACAACGUAGCAUAGUUGUCUUCCCUAGGAGUACAUUUCUACUUGGUCGAUCAGGCACGGGAAAAACUACAGUUCUUACGACUAAGAUGAUUCGAAAUGAGAAAUUGCACCGUGUGGCUGUUGAAAGAGUUUAUGGUCCCUAUUCUAAUCCAAGUGAGUCUAGUGAUAGACCGGUAUUACGACAAUUAUUUGUGACUUUGAGUCCUGGACUGUGCCAAGAGAUCAAACACCAUGUUACUUGUUUUAAAAGGUCCCUAGGGGAGAUUGGUUCAACUGAUGAAGAUAUUGAUCAUGCAAAGGACUCUUUUUCUGAUCUUCCGUCCAAUUUAUAUCCGCUUGUGAUAACAUUUCGCAAAUUUUUGCUGAUGCUUGAUUCGACAUUGGGUAAUUCUUAUAUCCGGAGAUUUUCUGAUCUCAAGAAGGAAGUGAACUACGAAAGGUUUGAAUCGAUAUACUGGCCUCGCUUUAACUCCCAAUUGAUCAAAAAGUUGGAUUCUUAUCUUGUUUUCACCGAAAUAAUGUCACACAUAAAAGGCGGCAUUAAAGAAGCAGACACAUGUAAGUUGAGUCGUGAGGACUAUUGCACUUUAUCAGAAAGCCGAACAUCGAGUAGUUUGAGCAUGAAAACAAGAGAAAUGAUAUAUGAUAUCUUUCAAAACUACGAGAAAAUUAAGAUGCAAAGGGGAGAAUUUGAUAUGGCUGAUAUCGUAAUUGAUCUCCAUCAUAGACUUAGGACCGAAAAAUACAAAGGUGAUUUAAUGAACUUUGUGUUUAUCGAUGAAGUGCAAGAUCUUACAAUGGCACACAUUUCUCUAUUUAAACACAUUUGUAGAAAUGUUGAAGAUGGUUUUGUUUUCUGUGGAGAUACAGCACAAACUAUUGGAAGAGGUAUUGAUUUUAGAUUCCAAGAUGUAAGAUCUCUCUUCUACAAGAACUUUGUGUCGGAAUCUAAAAGUCGGUUUGAGGAUAAAAAAAAUCAGAAAGUGAAAAAUUGUGCUUCUGAUAUUUUCAUGUUGAGUCAGAAAUUCAGUACACAUGCUGAGUUGUUGAAGUUGUCACAAAGUAUCAUUGAACUUUUGUUUCAUUUCUUUCCGAAUUCGAUUGACAUGUUGAAGGUCGAGACUAGUUUGGUCUAUGGAGAAUCUCCAGUUGUUAUACAAUCUAGGAAUGGAGAAAAUCCAAUUCUAACAAUUUUUGGAGGAAAUGGAAGGAACAUUGGAAAGUUUCUUGAAGAUCAAGUAAUCUUGGUAAGAGAUGAUUCUACCAAGGAAGAAAUCAGUCGGCUUAUCGGAAAACAAGCUCAAGUUUUAACCAUUUUUGAGUGCAAGGGCCUCGAAUUUAAGGAUGUUUUAUUGUAUAACUUUUUUGCUUCUUCACCAUUGAAAAGGCGAUGGGGGAUAAUAUACGAGUACAUGAAAGAAAAGGAUAUGUUGGAGCCUAAAUCGCAUAUCAACUGUCAAGGUUUUGUUGAUUCAAAGCAUAAUGUUUUGUGUUCUGAACUCAAGCAACUAUAUGUUGCUUUAACUAGAGCAAGUAAAAGGUUGUGGAUUUGCGAAGAGGAUGUAGAAGAGUUUUUUAAGCCUAUGUUUUCUUAUUGGGAAAAGAAAAAUCUUGUACAGUUCAAGAUAUUGGAUUCUUGA